GGGAUGGAAGAGCAGAAGAAGGAAGAGCAGAAGAAGGAAGAGCAGAAGAAAGAAGAGCAUAAGCUUCCGAUGGUCAUAGCAGUGCAAACCCGUGAAAACAGCGGUAGUAGAGGCAGAGUAGCUGCAGAACUUGCCAAUCAUUUCAAUUACUUCCUCGCUGACCACUAUGAUAUCUACCCAUUUCUUGAAAAAAAUUUUGCGGAAUCCCAACACCUUGAUGAUUUGUCGUUUAAAAUUCUGUGUGAAAUGGCUUUAACCCAAGUGGAUCUGGAGAUCGGAGUUGUCCUCAAUGCCCCAUUCAGCAAUCCGGACCACUUCAAAUAAUUGUUGGAUCUGUUCGACAAGGCGAACAGAUCUGUCCAACCCACUGGAAAUCGGAGUUGUCCCACCAGCAAGAUCUUUAUUCAAUGCAGAUCCCAACAAGGCGAAGAGAAUCAACCGCAGUUGGAAGAGUUAAAUGUUAGUGGUGUUCAAAUACUGACUGUUGAUCCCAUGAAUCUCUUCUUCCUGGAGGAACUGGUUUCUGCAAUUCUUCCAGCUGAAAGAGAGAGGCACCUGCACGAGUUUCUCUUCUUCAGGGAUACCAAGAAGGAACAGAAACUCGUUUGCAAAAUCUGCAGAACUAGGACUUUGUCAGAGCCUGGCACCUUACCAGAGCCUAGCAUCUCAUCAGGGCCUAGCUAUCAAUGUGUUGAAUGUGAUGAGUACAGCUUCCAUAAAAACUGCGCUGAGUCUGUAAUAAAGGAUUCCGAGUAUCUUCGGAAAACAAACGAUUUAGAGUAUCUUCGGAGAAAGAGGCUUCCUAAUCUUAGUGGAAGGGACCAGCCUGAUUAUAAUCUAUUUCCUGAGAAGCAGAAGUGUGAGAUAUGUCAGGAUAUCAACCUUGAAAAUUGUCACGAUUGCUUGCUCGAAACCAACAUUAAAGGCAAAUACCUGCCCAUCAUUCUCCAUCAUAAGAUGCAUGCACACCCUUUGAAUCUCAUCAUCAUGCCAAUCUCAUAUCGUUACGAGUAUGGAUGCUGUGGUUGCAGUGAAAUUGGCGAGUGUAUCAGCUACAGAUGUUUCGAUUGCAACUUUAAUCUUCAUGUGAGUUGCUGCUUUUUACCAGAAUCUUUCAAGCACAGAGCCCACCGACACAACCUCGUCAUCGCUAGUCAAUUUCAAGGGGAUUAUGUUAGGGA